AGCGCUCCGUGCGGAAACCUGCGGCGCGGCAUGUGAGUGAUCCGGUCGCACGCGCCGCUCGCAUCGCAUCGCCACACGAGAGCUCGAACCCGACGGCUGCUCGACGCGUUUUUAACCGAUGAUCGCGCGCGCUUGACGGUGCAGUGGUCAUGUUGAGGGUUUGCGCUCUGCUGCUGCUGGCGGCUCUCGGCUCCUACUCGGACACACAGAGACCCCGACACGACUCCAACCUGGAGAUCUAUAAGCAUCUGUUCGAGACCAAGAGGAAGGAUCAGCUGAAUGCGCUGAAGAACCUGGUGGAGCUCAGCGACGUCAACCAGCAGUACAAGAUCAUCGACAUAAUGCUGAAGGGCCUCUUCAAGGUGCUGGAGGACUCCAGAGCCGUUCUUAAAGCCGCUAACCUGCAGCCAGACGAUCCGUUCCCACUCGACGACAAAAUCAAAGAAGCCUACUCUCACGUGGUGGAGAACACGGCGUUCUUCGGAGACGUGGCUCUGCGUUUCCCGCGCAUCGUCCAUCACUACUACGAUCAGAACGUGGACUGGAGUGGCCUGCUGCGCUGGGGUCUGCGCUUCUGCAACCAGACGGGCGUCUUCAGCGGAGGAGCCCAUCAGCACGUGCUCACGCUGAUGUCACAGGAGCUGGGGAUCACUGAGAAAUCUGCAGACUUCGUCAACCCGUAUCGCACCGAACGAGACGACGUGCUGCACACGGCCGAGGCCUUCCAGAAGAUUCUCCGCGAGGAAGAGAAGAGGAGGAGGAAGGAGGAGAAGAGGAAAGAGAUCCGGAAAGGGCCGCGGAUCUCUCGCUCUCGCACCGAGUUAUAGAUCUGACUGAAGAUCAGCCGUUUACACUCAAUCAGGGAGCCUGUGCUGAAUCUGCCACGGGCGUCGACGUUUACAGGCUUCAGAACGAGUCUCGGAUUCGCAACGCUUGAAUCGCUUCUGCUUUUAACUCUUGAGUGUGUGUUUAGUGCUGUAUUGGAUUAAGGGGGAGGAGUCAGGGUGGUGGGAGGAGUCAUAGUGGGCGGGGCCACUCUAGUGUUUGCUGUUGGAGGGUUAAGAGUGGUGGGCGGGGAUGGGAAAGUGGGCGUGGUCAAAGAUGAAGGUAUUUUGAACACUGAUAUUUCGAUAUUUAACAAACACUUGAUAAGUUUUGAUAAUCUAAGAUCGGAAAUUUUUAAAGCUCCCACAUAUAUGAAAUUCAGUUGUUUAGAUUCAAUAUAAAUGCUUUAUUUGGGGGUACUUUAUAGUCUAAUAAGAGAAUUGUGGGUAAUUAAUGUCUUUCUGCUUUCUUUAGAAACUGUUAUUCAUUAAAACAUGUGUAUUGUCUGUGUGGAGUGUGCGCGCGUGUGAGAGCGAGUGAUGAUCUGACCUGAGAUCAGAGCUGCACUGCCAUGAGAGAAACUCUUUAAUGACGGAUCUGAAUCAGACUGAUAUCAGUGUGAAUGCGGUUCUAGUUCACUUCGGUUUCUCCAGCUGCUGAAGUGAGACGAUCAUCCGAGACACCUUCACAGAGGCUUUAUCAGUCUGUUCACGUGACUGUUACUGAAAUCUGUAGAGCAUCAGUGGGAGAUUGUUAUUGACGGAAUGAAUAAAGUCUAUUUAACACAC